AUGAUUGCUCGGACCAUGUCGACUGCCCGGAUCCCCGCAGAAGCCUUCUACAAAGAGUACCAUGGACACCAGGUGGGCCACCUGGAGCCCUUGGUCAAAACCCUCCGGGCAAACGGCGCCCAAAGCUUCAUCUACUUGGCCGGCGAUUCCACUUUGGACAACAAGCAUUGGCUGUUUACACACCGCGGAAGCUUUCGAGAAGAAAAGUCUGCGGCAGCGGCGAUCAAUGGAUAUGAGAAGGCCUUAGAUCCACCCAUCAUGCUCAAGGACGUGAGCUACUGGAUCAACCAAGAGUGCAGCCGAGCGCAGCCGCAAGCGAAUACACCUUGCAUCAACUGCGCCGUGGAGGAAUCCUGCAUCGUGCAGCGGGAGGUGGGUGGGCUACUGGAUCAAGAUAAGUUCAUUCGGGACAAUCUCCGCGAGGAGGAUGUUCUUGUGGUUGACAUGGGCGGCAAUGACGUGGCCUUGCGGCCCACAUGUUGGCUGAUAGUACAUAUGGCUUGGCUGCUCUAUUUGACACCCACAUGCCUGAUCCGAUGCGGUCCGUUCCUCGCUCCGGGUCUUUGGUACUUCAUCUACAUGUUCCGGGUGCGCCUGAGAAGGAUCAUCGAGAAGCUGACCGCCAAGACAAAGCCCAAGAAGAUCAUCGUCUGCAUGCUUUACUACCUGGAUGAAACCCCAGGGGGGAGCUGGGCCGAUGGCACCCUGCAGGCUCUCGGCUACAACACGAAUCCUGACAAGCUGCAGACCGUGAUGCGACAGGUGUAUUCCUGGGGUGUCUCGCAGCUUUCCAUCCCCGACGUGACGAUCGUGCCGCUGCCACUCUACGAAGUCCUGGAUGGGAAGGACACCACGGACUACGUUGCCCGGGUGGAGCCAAGCGAGAAAGGUGGACAAAAGAUGGGAAAGGCCAUUGCCGAAGCCAUCCUCGCACAAGAGAACGAGUGA